AUGACUAUCGGCGUAGCUAUCAUCGGCAGUGGCCUCUUUGCGAAAGAGCAGCACCUACCAGCCGUUCAAGCUGCCUCUAAUUUCGACCUCAAGGCCAUCUAUUCCCGAUCAUUGAAGUCAGCCCAGGAUCUCGCCAGCGGCACAUUGGGAGUCGACCUCUACUCCGAAGACUCAGGAUGCGGAAAAUCUUAUGAUGAUAUCCUGGCUCGUUCAGAUAUCGGCGCUGUGAUCAUUGCCCUCCCGAUUGUGGUUCAGCCCGAAUUCAUUCGCAAGGCACUACUAGCUGGAAAGCAUGUCUUGUCCGAGAAGCCCAUUGCCAAGGACGUAGCCACAGCCCAAGAGCUCCUGCAAUGGUACAAGAGUAACAUCGACACCAGUAAGGUCUUCUGGGCUGUCGGCGAGAACUUCCGGUACUUCACCAAGUUCCUCUUUGCAGCAGAGCAGGCCCGGAAAUUGGGCAAGGUUCAGAACUUCCGCAUGAUCUUCCACAGCAUGAUGGAUGUGAACAAUAAGUACUUCCACACUGCCUGGCGCAAGACCCCCGAGCAUCAGGGCGGAUUUCUACUGGACGGGGGAGUGCAUAUGAUAGCCGGUCUGCGCAUGCUUCUAGGCCCCGACGAGCAUAUCAGUAUUCUAUCGGCGCAGUCCCAGCAGCAGCAAUCAUUCCUGCCACCGGUGGAUACAGUUGAUGCCGUCGCGAAGACCGCAUCUGGGGCUACGGGUUUGAUCUCCUUGUCUUGGGGAUCGGCAUUCGAUAAUCAGACUUUCGAGGUUUCUUGCGAGAAAGGCGUCGUCAGCCUGAGCUACGACGAUGUGACUGUCAAUGGCGAGAAGCACCACAUUGAGUUUGACCAUAAGGGUGUUGGGCCAGAGGUGGCGGAGUUUGCGGACUCUAUUGUGAGUGGAAACCCCACCCGCAGACAAUCUCCCGAAGAGGCGUUGGCGGAUCUUGAGAUCUUGGAGCAGAUGCUGCGGAGUGGCGAGAAAGAUGGGGAGAGAUGUGGGUCUCCCACUCUGCUGCGGGAGAAUCUGAAAGAGAAGUUUUCGAGAUUGAACUCCGACUCGACAACUCUCGAACGCCCGGCGAGACCCAGCAAUACCGACAAGAUGGUCGCCGCUAAGAAGCACAUCCCUAUCGUGAAGAAGCGCACUAACCGCUUCAACCGUCACCAAAGUGAUCGGUUCAUGCGCGUCGGCGCCUCGUGGCGCAAGCCCAAGGGAAUCGACAACUGUGUUCGUCGUCGUUUCAAGGGCCAGAUGGCCAUGCCCUCCAUCGGUUACGGAUCCAACAAGAAGACCCGCCACAUGAUGCCCUCCGGCCACAAGGCUUUCCUCGUCCACAACACCAAGGACGUUGAGCUCCUCCUUAUGCACAACCGCACCUACGCUGCUGAGAUUGGCCACGCCGUUUCUUCCCGCAAGCGUGUCGAGAUCCUCGAGAAGGCCAAGGCUCUCGGUGUUAAGGUCACUAACGCUAAGGGCCGUGUCACCACCGAGGCAUAAAUGGAA